GCAGUGGAAGAAACAUAUGAAGAAUCACACAGAGGAGGAAUCACCUACAUGUCAUGUGUGCAGUAAAAGCUUUAAACUACCAAACCAUCUGAAAACUCAUGAGAUGCCACACCGUAGAGAAAUCCAUUCAGUGUCCAACAUGUGAAAAACGCUUUAAAUCAGAGAAAGACCUAGAGAUUCACCAGAGAAUUCACACUGGAGAGAAACCGUGUCAGUGUCCAACAUGUAAAAAAUGCUUUCAAUCAACAAAAUAUCUGAAGAGUCAUCAGAGAAUUCACACUGGAGAGAAACCGUAUCAGUGUCCUCCAACAUGUGAAAAAUGCUUUAAAUCAGCUAAAUAUCUAAAGAGUCACCAGAGAAUUCACACUGGAGUGAAACCGUAUCAGUGUCCGACAUGCGAAAAAUGCUUUAAAUCAGCUAAAUAUCUAAAGAGUCACCAGAGAAUUCACACUGGAGUGAAACUCUACCAUUGUCCAACAUGUGAAAAAUGCUUCAAGUCAAAAUCUGAUCUUAAACACCACAAGAAAAUUCACGCUGCCGAAUAUAACUGCAAGGAUUGCAACAAGUGUUACCGGACCAAGACAGGCUUAGAAGAGCAUUUGAGGACUCACACAGGGGAGAAAUCAUGUAAGUGUUCUGUGUGUGAAAAGUGCUUUACUUCAACAACCAUUCUAAGACGCCACCAGAGAACUCACAGUGGAGAGAAACCACAUGGAUGCACACAAUGCAACAAAUGCUUCCCCAUCAAAUCAGACCUGGUUAAACACAUGAGAACUCAGACAGGGGAGAAACCUUUUAGCUGCAAAGAAUGUGGUAAAUGUUUCAGUCAUAGCAUUAGUCUGAGACUGCACAUGAGAAUGCACACAGGGGUGAAAUCAUAUAGCUGUAAAGAAUGUGGCAAAUGUUUUUCUGUUAACAGUAACCUGAGAAUGCACAUGAAAAUUCACACAGGAGAGAAAUCGUUUUGUUGCCAAGAAUGUGGUAAAUGUUUCUGUCAUAAAAUUAGCCUGAGACUGCAUAUGAGGACUCACAGUGGUGGAGAGAGUCUACAUGGAUGCACUCAAUGCAACAAACGCUUUCCCAUCAAAUCACUCCUGGUUAAACACAUCAGAACGCACACAGGGGAGAAAUCUUAUAGCUGCAAAGAAUGUGCCAAAUGUUUUCUUCAUAACAUUAGCCUGAGACUGCACAUGAGAACGCACACAGGGGAGAAAUCAUAUACCUGCAAAGCAUGUGGCAAAUGUUUCCAACACAAUAUGGUUCUGACAAGGCAUAUGAGAACUCACACAGGAGAGAAUCCAUAUAAGUGUCCUCUUUGUGUCAAUUCCUUUAUGUCAUCAAGUGGACUAAAACAUAAACAGCAAAUUCACUUGGGAGAGGAACCAGAGACCGACCAACCAGAGAAACCAUCGUUCCUCUGCAGCAAUUGUGGCAAAUGCUUCCCAACUAUGUAA